CUCUCUCUCUCUCUCUCUCUCUUUCUCAUUACUCCCUCGUAGUCGUAGCUUGCGCUUCUCGCCUAAGCUAUUUUCUCUCUCCUCUCGCCGGCAUCGGAUACGAUCUCGCCGUGAAACAUCGCUCUCUUGUCUGAUCGCUGAAAUCGAUCGAUUCACCUUUUUUAGACUACGAUCGGUCGAUCAUUGCAUAUUAGAUGUGUUAAUUUAUGCAUGUUAAUCUUGAUAUUUUUCGAUGGAGGAUGGUGUGGGCAGUGAAGAAGAUUAUUAUGAUUCUGAUCGAGAGUCGCUCGACGGACUUGAGAAUGAAGAGUCUGAUCCUCAGUGGGUCCCUGCCAAGGGUCCUUCCUGCAAGGUAAUCACGAAAGAAUCUCUUUUGGCUGCCCAGAGGGAAGAUUUGCGCAGAGUUAUGGACUUGCUAUCACUUAGAGAACACCAUGCACGGACUCUUUUAAUUCAUUAUCGUUGGGACGUUGAGAAGGUGUUUGCGGUUCUUGUGGAGAAGGGGAAAGCUCGUUUGUUCGCUGAAGCAGGUGUAUCUGUAGUUGAGAAUCAUGAUGCUGACUCACCAGUGCUUUCUUCUACUGAAACAUGUGAUAUCUGCAUGGAGGAUUUACCCAGUAGUGAGGUGACAAAAAUGGAUUGUGGCCAUUGCUUCUGCAAUAGUUGUUGGACAGAGCAUUUUAUUGUGAAGAUUAAUGAGGGUCAAAGUAAGCGUAUCAGGUGUAUGGCAUACAAAUGCUUUGCUAUUUGUGAUGAAGGCAUCAUUAGAACCCUAGUUAGUAAAAGGCAUCCUGAUCUAGCAGAGAAAUUUGAUCGAUUUCUACUCGAGUCUUAUAUUGAAGACAAUAAAAUGGUUAAAUGGUGCCCAAGUACCCCUCACUGUGGGAGUGCGAUACGUGUUGAGAAUGAUGAAUUUUGUGAGGUAGAAUGUUCAUGUGGUUUCCAGUUCUGUUUCAGUUGCUUAUCAGAAGCACACUCCCCUUGUUCAUGUUUGAUGUGGGAGUUGUGGAUCAAGAAAUGUCGAGAUGAAUCAGAAACUGUUAACUGGAUUACAGUGCACACGAAGCCUUGUCCAAAGUGUCAUAAACCAGUUGAGAAGAAUGGUGGCUGCAACCUUGUGAGCUGCAUCUGUGGACAAGCAUUUUGUUGGCUGUGUGGUGGAGCUACUGGCCGGGAUCAUACUUGGUCUCAUAUCACUGGACACAGUUGUGGGCGCUAUAAAGAAGACCGUGAGAAAAAGGCUGAGCGUGCAAAAAGAGACCUUUACCGGUACAUGCACUAUCACAACCGUUACAAAGCCCAUACAGAUUCCUUUGAGCAGGAAUCUAGAUUAAGGGAGACUAUAAGAGAGAAGGUGUCAAAUUUGGAAGAGAGGGAUUCAAGAUUGAGAGAUUUCAGCUGGGUUACAAAUGGACUUUACAGACUCUUCAGAUCAAGGCGGGCUCUAUCCUAUUCAUACCCAUUUGCAUUUUAUAUGUUUGGUGAUGACCUGUUUAAGGAUGAAAUGACAAAUGAGGAAAGGGAAUUGAAGCAGCAUUUAUUUGAGGACCAGCAGCAGCAACUUGAGGCAAAUGUUGAGAAGCUAUCGAAAUUUAUUGAGGAGCCAUUUGAUCAGUAUGACGAGGACAAAAUUAUGGAGAUAAGGAUGCAAGUCAUUAAUCUCUGUGUGAUUACUGAUACUCUCUGCAAGAAAAUGUAUGAGUGUAUUGAGAAUGAUUUAUUGGGUUCUCUCCAAUUUGGUAUUCACAAUAUAGCUCCAUACCAGUCGAAAGGCAUUGAGAGGGCAACUGAGCUGACUGUCUUCUGGAGUGCUACAGCCAAUGACACUGGCAAGUUCCACAAACCAGACGAGCAGACAGGAGGCACAACGGAAUCUGAUCGCCCUUCAGGAUCUGGGAGUUCAGAUGACAAUGGAUGCUCCUCACGGAAGCGUGCAAGAGAAGGGAGUUUUGGAGGAAGCCUGUUUGAUCUUAACUUACCAGCAGAUGUUAUUGACAGGAACUAAUUUCUGGAGCUGCUCUCCAAACUAAACGUAAAGUGUACAGCUCUGUCUAAAGAGCAGUUCUAUGUCUGAUUAGGAAGAUGGUUCAGGAGAUAGAACUCCAGGUGUUUCAACCCUUUUCUCUGUUUCUUUUGUUUGUCGAUAUUUUUGAGAUAGCGUUGGAAGAGACGACUAGGACUUUUUUGUUCUUAAAUCUUUUCCAUCUCUCUCUAGUUAAAAAAUCCUUGGAUUUGUACAUGGCCUUUAUAUUCGGAUUCUGGGCUAUUUGUAUAGUCUCUCUACUGGAAAUUGAGUACACUAACUCAUAUAUUUAUGGAUAAAAUCACCAUUCUUUAGAGGAUGGAAACCAUAAGAUCGCAAGGUCUAUCCAUAAGUAGCUGUUUCAAGUUAUCUAAUGCUGUAAAAUUCUUGGUCGAU